UGCUACAGUCUCAUGGCCGGUGGAAGUGAGACUUGGUGUUUACAUCACCACAUGUGAAAAAUGAUCCAGGGCUAAGAGCUGGAGAGGCAGUGGUCAGCGAGACAGAGAGCGAGGGAAAUCACUGUUAUUCAUGAUACACUUCUGCGUGCGAGUGAUUCUGGAAGAAUCUUCUCAGCUGAUAAUGUAGGAGACCCCUGCGUGCGUGUGUGUGUUUGUAGAUCCUGCAGCUGUUUGACCCCUGCAGCUAGAUUAGUCUUGUGUGUGUGUCAGUACACAUGUCCUGUGACACUUUGCCGCAUGCGUUCAAAGGUCUCCGCCUUGUGCAACUUCACUCUUAGAGAAGAUUAGAGGUAAAGACACUGGUGGUAGCAGGAAAACCACAUUAUGUCUGUCUUACAAACAACGAUGGCAUCUACCUUUUUGCCGGCGGUGGGCCGUGUUGCCGUGUGUGGCGGUACCCAUGGCAACGAGCUGUCGGGCGUCUACCUGGUGCAAGAGAUGGAACGAAAGAGGAAGGAGAAGGGAGACAGCGUGUGGCCCGUCCCUGUGACAACAGUGGUGUCAAACCCGCUGGCUGUAAAAGAGUGCAAGAGAUACAUAGAGACGGAUUUGAACCGCUGCUUCAGCAACGCCACACUGAGCACCCCUAUAACAGACAGCACCCCGUACGAGGUCCGGCGCGCUCAGGAACUCAACGCUCUGCUGGGGCCGAAGGAAUCUGCGGGGGCAACAGACCUGCUCUGUGACCUUCACAACACCACUUCAAACUUGGGCCUGACUCUCAUCCAUUACACAACCAAUGACUGGAUGACCCUGCACAUCUGCAAAUACUUACAGACAAAGAUAACCAGAGUGCCUGUGAGAGUUUUGGUGCUGGAUAUUCCCAUUAGUGCUGCAUAUUCGUUGGAAACUGUGUCCAAGCAUGGCUUUUCGAUAGAGGUUGGGCCGCAGCCUAACGGGGUCAUCAGGGCGGACAUCUAUGAGGUCAUGAAAGAGGCCGUUGACCUCACGAUGGACUGGAUAAAAAUAUUUAACUCCGGAACAGUAUUUGAAGGCGGAGAUAUUGAAGUCUUCAUCUUUCAGAAAAGUAUCGAUUAUCCCAGAGAACCAAGCACCCGGGAGCUCAUCGCUGCCAUUCACCCUCAGCUGCAGGACAGAGACUUUUGCCUCCUCAAGCGAGGCGAUCCCAUGUUUUUAACAUUUUCGGGAGAAACUGUUAAGUAUGAAGAUGACGAAACGCUUCAUCCUUUUUUUAUUAAUGAGUGCGCCUACUAUGAAAAAGGAAUCGCUUUUCACUUGGCAAAAAAGUGGAAGCUUUCGAUUCCAAGGAUGCAAGUGCAGAAAUAAUGAAAGAGCGAAGAAAACACGUGUAUGAGUCACUGCAAAAGGAUGAAAUAAAAAAUGAAAAUUCUUACAAAAGAUCAGAAAUCCCAAAUCACAAGCACAAUAUUUUGAGAAGAAUCACUGUACUUGCACCACUUUUGGUAGAAACUAACAGUACCAUCCACGCCAUACCAUGAAAGACCUGCCGCUUUGGAGAUGUUUUGACCCAGUUGGUGGUUUUAAUGUUGUGGCUGAUUAAAGUAUUUUAUUAUGCUUGCUCCCUGGGAACCUCUGCCUUAUUUAACAAUGACCAGUUUUCUUGUUUUGAAAGAAAUGAUAUUUAUUGUGACCAGCAAUAUAUACCUUUGACAGGAGUGCUUAUAAAAUGAAUAAAAAAAGUGUUGGAAGUGUUUUGGGCACCAUCAUGAUGAUGUCACAGUGUUGCUUAUAUGUUGCUGUCUUUAACGUUUGCUUGGAAAAGAUACAAAUUGAAGGACUAGAUAAAAAAAGACAACCUCACUUGAACAAAGUUGGAUCUCAAAUAUUACAAUGCACAGAAUAAACCAUGUGACAAUUGACAAUACUGUAGCAACAAAUAUAUUCAGGCCAGGUGUACGCUGUGCAAUUUUACCAUACUUUUUUACCAAACUUUGAGACUUUACAAUUUAAAGGAAAGUUCACAGAGAAAAACCAUGUCAUUAAAAAGCUAUAUAUGACUCUGGAACACAAAAGA